CAAAGUAUUCCAAAGCCCAAAAACCAAAGAGAAAAAAAGGAAAGAGAGACAGAAAAUUCAGAAGAGAGCUCUUUUGCUCCUCUAUCUUUCAUCCUCGCUCAUCUUCUUCUUAGCUCUCUCUCUCCUCACUUUCUCUCUCUGCAUUCCUUCUCUGCGUUCUGAUCGCCCUAAUAUUUGGAAAAGACCCCCUUUUCUGUCUCACAUUAUUCCCUUUCCCAAACCCUAAUUAGGAUUUCUUUUUUUUUUGUAACUCUCUUAAAAGAAAUUUUGAUCAUUUUAUUUAUUCCCUUUUUGCCCCUUUUCCGCGUCGAUCAGCUCAUCGUCGACUAACCCUAACCCUAAUUUUUUUUUGUGUUUGGCGUUUUCCAUGGCUGCGAUUAAUACGACUGCUGCUAAUAGCAAUUCUUCCGUUACGGCGGCGGCGAUUGCUCCGUCGACGGUGGUGAAAUCGCCACGUCACACCGGCGAAGGUGUCGGUAGCCCUCAAUCGCGCCGCGCCCCGAGGGUUGGAGCUUCGGCUUGGAACCAGGUUGUUCGAGGUGAAUCGGAGCCGAUCGCGACUGUGCCUUCCUCGACUACUACUGUAACGGAGCAAGUCGUCAUCGCAACGGUUGCUGUUGCUGGUGCCGGCGGCGGUGGUGGUCCUUCUUCUUCGUCUUCUUCUCCACCACCGUCUGCGUCUUCUUCGCCUUCUCUUGUGGAGGAGACUGGGGUCGAGAGCUCUGAGAGUGGCACUGGGCCCAACGGCAAUGCGGGUAAGCGGCCCGCGUGGAACAUGCCAUCGAAUGGGGCUGUGGAGGUCGGAACGGUCAUGGGGGCUGAUUCAUGGCCUGAAUUAGAGUCUGUUAGAGCUUCGGCCAAAUCGUCUUCCGAUUCCUUGAAAGCUUUAUCGGAUGGAAUGUCAUCCGUUUCGAUUUCGCAGGGUUCUGGAACCACAGUGGCGCCCACAGCUACCCCCUCUCAGAAACAUGCACAUCCUACCUCAACCCCCAGCCAUCCUGCAACUGCUCGCCAGAGAUCAUUUAAGCGUAAUAACUCAAACGCAUCCUCUAAUGGGUCCUCCUCUCAACCACAAGCACCAGCCAAUCAAGCUGUUGAUAUGGCUUCAACAAAUCCCUCUCCUAGGGAACAUACUCAGAGGAGUGGAUUUGGUUCUCACUCUGAUGGAGGUGGUGAUCAUCUACAGCAACGAAAUUCGUUCAGAAGCAGGAAUGGUGGUAUGCACCCGCGUGGAGAUGGUUCUCACCAUCAUAAUUACGGGAACCGGCGUGAUCAAGAUCGGGGAAAUCAUGAUUGGAAUAAUCGUAGAAGUUUCAAUGGUAGAGACUCACAUAUCCAUCAGCAGAGACCUGUUUCUAGAGUUUAUCAUGGUCCAACACCACAGCCUAGUCCAACUGCAUUUAUUCCGCCACAUAUCCGCCCUUAUGGUACUCCUCCCAUGGGGUUCCCGGGAGAACUGGGACCUCCAAUAGUAUAUGUUCCUCAUCCUCCGUUCGUAGCCCCAAUGCAGCCUAUGUUCAUCCCUGCUCCAGAUCCUCAGUUACCUUCUAAGAUUGUUAACCAGAUUGACUACUAUUUUAGUAAUGAAAAUCUUAUAAGAGAUACAUACUUGAGGCAGAACAUGGAUGACCAGGGUUGGGUUCCUAUCACCUUAAUUGCAGGUUUUAACAAAGUUCAGCUUUUGACAGACAAUAUUCAACUUAUAUUGGAUUCUGUACGAAUGUCAAGUGCUGUGGAAGUACAGGGUGACAAAGUAAGGAGGCGCACUGAUUGGAAUAGAUGGUUAUUGCCCCAAACUCAGCUUCCUACCAUCCAAAGUCCCCGUACUCCUGGAAGUUCCUCCAGUCAAAGAGUUGCACUGGAAGAGCAGAGUACCAACAACAGUAACAGUGCCUCAAGCACCUACCAACCUCAGCUUUCCAAUGGCGAUGGAAGUGGUCAAUCCAGUGCUGGAGCGGAACGCUCAUUCUCUGGAAGAAAUUAAAGUAAGAAAUGUGCAUGAAUGCACAUAUUCUUCGAUAAAGAAAUGCAGAGAAGGAUAGAGGCCUUGGAUGAUCAAAUGGGGGAAUAUGUGGGUUCUAAUGAGUGUCCUACAAUGGCAUGAUGAAACAUGCUGUCUUGCCUGGAAAAUACAAUGACAGAAUAGAAAGGGUAAGGACAACCACUAAUUAAGGAACAGAAGAACGACUUAAAAGGAAAAAAAGAAAAAAAAAAUAGUACUUUUAUGACUAAUCUAGUAGCAUGAGUUUUUAUGGGAUUUUGAAUGUUUUUUCAUGGGGUGUUUUUAUUUUUUAUUUUUACUGCUCUCUUUGAACUUCUAUGGUGGCAUAUGCUUUUUGCUGGUUAGUUGGGGGGAAUUUUUGAUAUCUGUUCCCCUUGCCGCCCCUCAGCUGGUUUUUUUAGAAUCUUUGGGGCCAAUACUCUCCAAUUUUAGGGGAGAAAUAUGUGAUUUUGUGAGAGUGAUGGAAGAAAAGCAUUUUCUGGAGUUGUCUGCAUUCUGAAUAGGGGUGGGUGGCCUUUGCUGGACGCUGGUGCUCGUGCUACUAGGUUGCUUUGUCGCUGAUGGCAUUAUUAUGUUCCUGUCUUUUCUCUUUUCUUCUUCUUCUUUUUCUUCUUAGUUCUUCCUUCCCUUUAAUAACACACUUAAAAAUUCCAUUUAUAUGUAUACCUUUUAUCUUCAAACCCUUUGAAGAUUUUACUGCAUAAAUGGUCCCUGAGGGAACAUACCUUUAAUUUCUCUAGAUUGCAACUGGAUGUGGUUGGCAUUUAAUGUUUGAUUAAACUGCGGACCUUAUGGAACCUUUUGCUCAUUGGAUUUCAA